CAAACAAGUUUACCUCGAAGGAAAUUUUUCCCGUUGGACCUCUGCAACCGGUUUGAAAAAGGUCUAAAUCGGGUUGAAAAGUUUUUUGCUUGGACAUCAGACUGGUCAGACCAUGAUUAACGAGGCAUCUUGGACGCAAAUGAAGACAACGACCGCUACAGACGACACGUCCGCUUUCGCGAAGUUCACAGAUAUAGGUACGAAUUUUGUCGCACUGGUGCUCUGAUUCGACUGAGAUUUGCCUUCUACCUUGUCUUUUGUGUACAUUUUAAGUAUUUAAGUACUGCAUUACAAUUUUGCAGAUACUUCGUGCAAAACGGGUGAAGCGAAAAUCGAAAAUUCUUCAAUAAUCCCGUCACUAUCUUUUGUUUUCUUGAAACGUCUUUGUAGUCUCCCAUGAGGUUUAGCGUGAAUUUGCAUACGCUUGUCAGACACUCAUCAAUGAAUGCUCGUGUCUUGAAUAAUUUAUAUUUCAGUCGCUUAAAGCAAAAUAUAUCAAGUAAGAAAUAUUGUGGUGCCUCUCAAAGGCACAUGGAGAAUCAGGCGGUACAUCAGGGGAGAAGAAACAGGAUUCCUUUGUCAAAGGUUGAAGUGAAACGUAAUCCUGUUUCGCUGUCAGGCGUUCCAGCUACUUAAGACCGCCAGUUCAAUUGCAUGAAUAGAUGUCCAAAAUCACUCAAGUUUGUUUCUCCUUUCUGGUAUCUAGAAACUUUAUCAGUCUGUGCUCGUAAGGAAUCCCGUUAUAUUCCAACGAUAUUCGUUUUGGAAUUUUAAAACCUUAUACUGGUUCUGUUGAUAAAUACGAAAUCUAGACUCUUAGACCACAGGUGCGAUAUGAAAACGUCUUUACAAAGCCCUUUUAAAUGCUGUAAUUUGAAAGAACCUCUCUCUUGAAAUAAUGUAACAGCAAAUGCUUUUGAACCAAAAAAGGUGCAAGAUUAUUUUGUAUUCACAUUAGGCAGAAAACGCACAAGAAAGCGCAAAUAACAUUUACUUCCUGUGCUGUACUGUAUUACGCUCGCCACCGGGGGAUUUUGCGAGAUGCAUCUGCGUAUACAGCUAUGUCUUUAGCUGCCUUGUUUGAAUAGAAAAAAGGCGCCUAAGAAGGUGUGUAUUUUUUGGGAGCAGUUGACAAGACUGUUUUGUCGCUUGGCGAGAAAAACGGGACAAAACACUUAUUAUUGAAAAUAUUAAAAUUAUAAAUUAACUGUGAAAGCUUGAAUUUAUCCUAGACAAUCUUUAUCGCGACUUUAUGAUAAAGACUUUGUAUGGAAGCACUCCCAAAUCAGGAAAUCACAAACUAUCCUCUUAAGAGAUAAAAUUGAAAUUUGUUAAAGUAACUCUAAAAUUUUAUUGGCAGAUAAAAAAAGAAAAGAAAAUGAGAUUAAAUUUUCUUCCCUAAUGUGGACAUUUGUGACUGGGCGCCAUGUGGCAUGUGUCAACACUCUUGUUCCAUAUUUGGAAAAAGAAUGAUGUCAUCGUUUCAAAAUAACCAAUAGGCGGAGCUACAGUUGAUUGAUAACUCCCUGGAUGCCAAGCGAGCCUUACUUGCAAAGAAAGAAGGCGUGUGGGAAGGAUUGGCAUAGUCGUUGACUACUCAAAAUCACAUUUAUCGCGUCAGUUCCACCGUUUAUUCUCUUUCCAGAGAGUUUAAAUUCUCGCAGAGCGUUUGUUUAUGUCGAAUUCUUGAAAGUGAGCUCAUAAACUACAGCAAAACGAUGGAUUUCGUUGAGACAAAUCCCUUCGAAACAGGUAAUUUUGUUUGCCGGUCAACUCAUCCGACUUUAGUUUCCGCCAAUUUUGUAUUUUUUUUGAAUGGAAUACUUGAAACCAAUGCUGUGUUCGUAGUAGUUGUAUGUUUUUCUUGGUAGUAUAGUAUUUAAUAUUGAUCCACUUCGGUAAACAGCCAGUUUUGGCGUUCAAAUGCAUUUGAUAUUUUGGUCACAUGUUCUGUGUGAAAUGUUCAUGCAUAUUUUAAUAUUGCUUUUAGUUUAUUUUACCCGUCUGCUGUGAGCUCUUCCUGUCGGGGAAGCUGUCAAUUUGUUUGUCGUGUAAGCACUCUUAAUCUUCCAAUUUCCUCGCGUGUUUUUUUUCCUGCGUGAAGUGUUUAAAACUUUCAUUUCGCUUUUCUCAGCUCGCCCGUGCGACUUGAUCAAAGCGAUUGUGAAACAACUUGCCAGAAUAAUGUUAUCCUCCGUGAAUGAUGAAGUUUAUCCAACAGCUAGUAUAAAUCGAACAAACAAUGGGAGGUGGCGAACAUUUCAUUUUAAAUUUCGCUUUUGGAUAUUUCCGUCAGCUGUAACCCUAAUAUCAAGAUGACCUAUGUUAAUCCGUACAAAAAGAUUUCAAUGCAAGUCGUGACCUUGUAAGCGAAGCGUGCAAAAACACGACUUAUUUGUUCCGCUGUAACUUGUUAUCGAUUCUUCCAGAUUAUUUAAAGUUUUAUACACGUUUUUGUUCCAUUUUAGCCCAUAAACCGCAAGCGGCAUAGGGUUUAGCGGUGGUAGUAGCAUACAAACCUUGCAUUACGUAAUUGUACAAUAGCUAAGACAACUUAAAUUCUGGUGAUACAUUUCCCUCAUUUUAACACGUUUUUCUUUCUCAGAUCAUUUUACCCCUGAAACUCAAGACAAGGAUAUUGCACUUUUCAACUCAUCACAGCCAAGUGGUGUGUACUGUGAAUUUUUUUUUACGAUUUUCCCUCUUUUUUUUUGUAGCAACUAGCCCUCUAACCUUUAACCUACCGUUUUUUUGUGUGUCCUUAAGUAAUAUUUUAGCCUAUUUAUUGAGAGGCAGAUUCCAUUAAUUUAGAACAAAUAAAAUUCAAAGCAUUGUAAGCUGUUUUCUACACAGCGUGUAUUGUCUGCAUGAUUUCAAAGGAGUGGUGUUCUGCACAGUUCUGGAAACUAUUGUAUUUGCUCUGCUUGUACUUUGCCCUUUAAUUGCCCAAUCUUUUAAGUAUCGUUUUUCACUAAAAAUAACCUGCCUAUUUUUGUAUUUAGCAUUUUUGACAAUAGCAAGAUUUAAUACUGAUUAAUUUAUUUUUUAAAGGGUAUUUUGUGUUUUUGUGAUUUCACACAGAGUUUAUGGUUUCCUAAUCAUAGAUAAUUUAGGUAAUAAAUUAGACAAGAAGUUUGUUUUGUAUUGCAAAAUGAUUUAAUUUCAUUGGAAGUUGUAAGGUGUACUAAUACAUUCUUGGUAUAAAUUCUUCAAAACAUAUCUGCACAAUUAGUUACUUUUGUAAGAAAAUGUGCAGGGGUCACUCCAAGUUACACUGCUGUGCUCUCUUUUUUGUGGUAAUCACAAAGUGUGAAAAUGGAAACUAAAGCAUAUAUUUUGCAAUGUAUCAAUUUUUGAAUUCUUAGAAUAAACAAAUCACCAAUUAAUCUUGUAGCUAAAGAUGGUUUUUUUUUACAGUUUUAAAGGGGUUUUACUGUGAGAUUAUGACUCUCUAUGUGUGUGGUGAAUUGGAUUCUUAUAAGUUCAUUUUCUUCCUUCUAAGCCCAGGGUUCGCAUUAGCACCAGCCCACUUUCCCAGUGCUAGUGUGGAUUAAGCCCGUUAGGCAAGUGUUAAUCAUGUAUUAUUGGUUUGGUGAUGGAAAUUUCCAUUUUCUACAAAUUAAUUGGCUUCUAUUCAAAUAACAUUAAAUUUUGUUGUUCAAAUAUAAAUAAAUUUGACUGGCCUUGGUAUAAAGAUAGGUAAGACAGUAUUUCUAGUAAACUCCAGGGUUAAAAAAGUAACAGUAACAGUGGUACAGUUAAGGUAUUUAGCUAAACUGGUGAGAGGAAUUUUUAUGCAGCUCUGAAUGUUCAAUGUUUUGUCUGUACAGGUGAUUUUCCUGCAGGAGGGGAUGCACCACCCUUCCCAAUGGAUUUUCUGGAGACACCAGUGAUUCCCCCACUUCCAGGAAUGAUUGACCUUUAUGAAUCAGAUGUUUCUGACAGUUGUCCAGCAUCACCUUCCCCACUUUCCUCACCACAAGAUUGUCGGUCAUCAUCCUCAGAGAGUGGUAUUGAGGAUGUCAGUGAUAUGGAAGAUACACCAUUUGUUUGCAGUCAGAUAAUUGGGGGAAAUGCUGUCUUGAAAAAAGGAAACCCCCCUUCCCCACUGAAUUCUCUAACCCAAGCGUCAGUGAUUACCAAUGGUGGUAAAAAGCGACGCAAAAGCUCAAGGAAAACCUCCAGUGACAGCAGUGUUUUGGAGGAACUGAACAAGUUACUUGCUGCAACAUCAACUUCAGUGGAUCAUUCUGGGUUCCAGCCCUCUCAGGCCAUCACUGGCCUUGAUGUUAUGGUUGGCAUUCAGACCACAGCAUCCCCAACUUCUGUGUCCAACAGUUGCCCUCUGUCUGUUGAGGGUGGUCAGGCCACCACACUUGCUCAGGCAUUGUCCAUUUCUUCAUCCUCCAAUCAGAUGAUGUCUUCAGCCUCUGUUACCAAAGUCAGCAGCUCUCCACCAGCUGCUCCUUUGUCCAAAACAAGGAGCAAGCCAUCCAGGAAUACCAAAAAGUCUGAUGAACCAAAGAUUGUUAUAGUUGAAGAGCCUGAAGAGGUAGGUUAAACCUGUUCACAUUGCACUGCAACAACACAUAGACUAGCCUUCACAUUGUUCCACAUUAUCUGUUUAGUUGGUCUAAUGAGGAGACUGAAAAAGACCAUAACUUUUGUGACCUGUUACGUCCUCUCCAUUGUAAUGUUGCUUAAUGUUAUACUUUGCCAUGUAAUAACAAGCAUGAUAUUCUUUUGGUACUUACAGCUGAGUUUUACUGUUUUUUUUGUAGAACUAUAGAGCAAGAUAUGAAAGUGAAGGAUGCAGAGGUCCAAUUCAUGGAUCUCAAGAAAACAGUUUUCCAGCUGUUAAGGUAAGCCCUGUCUUGGUUUAGUUUUUCUGUCAUCCAUGAAGGAAAGAUGAUGCUAUCAAGCAGAUUUCGUCUUAUUAGAAAAAUCAAUAAUUCAACCUUACUAAAAUAUUAUUGUACGGAAAGUGUUAUCCACCUUGUGUAUAACUGGGGCCAAGAUUGAAAAAACAGACCAACACAUGGUUGUUUUUGUACCAAAAUGUGUUGUUGUCGGUUUAAUCAGAAUUUCUUGACCCUUCACUGGAAGCAUUAACAGGAUUUCACUCUUUUGGGUGAUAACAGUUGGCUUAUGAGCCUAGUGAUAUGGUGUUGAAUUUGCCUGUUUAUCUACAUAGGUUACUGGAUAUACUGGUUCAGUUUGGAUUACAGUUCACCUAACUACCAGUGGUGGUGUGCCGCAUUAUCAUUCUAUUCAUGGUCCAGGAUCCACUAAGGUGCCUUGUAAGGAGACCACAUUACCUGGGGGAGUCCCAGCUGUUCAAGUAAUGGUUGCACCAGAUUCAAAUAUGACCGCUGUGUAAGUACUUGAUGUUUUUCUUGCCUUUGCACAUACUUAGAAAGGAAUGCUUGAUUUCUAACUUUGAUAAAAACAAUGAUUUAUGCAGUAUUAAGUGUAGAGCAUCCUUUUUGUUAUUGGACAGAAUUUGAACUAAUUAUGUUGAUACCCUUUUGUCUGCAGGCUUGAUUCUUUAAGCAUUCGUAGACUGCGAAACUGGGAAGGUGAUCGAGAAUUGAGAAAAAGGGGUAUUGAUCCAAGAACAUGGAAGAAAGAACGCAAGGAAGCUCGGCUCUUGUUUCAGGCAGAGAUCCCUGAACAUGAUGGCCAUCCUGCCAUUAAGCUUACUUGCAAGUCCAAAGUCUUCCAAUGUAGUUCAAGUAAGUUUGAGUUGUGGAAUACCUUUAUUUUCUCCACCAAGCCCAGUGAUGUCCCAAAAAGGCAGCUGCCGGCUAAUUUCUGUGUAUGAGAAGGACCCUAGAACCGACUCAAAUUGCUAGACACGGGGUCAGUUUAACGGUUCAGUUGAGUGAAAAAGCUGGCUUGACAAAUAAAAAUACCUGCUUAUCUUUUCCUUAGCUACUUCCCUGCACACCCAAAUUUCAACUCGGGUUCUGAUUCUUGUGGAACAAAGUGCAACUCCUCUUACUCUUAUUGAUUAUGUAGGAAUCUUAACAAUGUGUUAACUUCUUUUGCUUCUGUUUUUUUUUUCUAUGUAGCUGGUCCCCCUGGAAAUCCUGAAAUCUGGUGGGCCAGUAUCAGUGAGGGUUCUGUUGAGGGCGGCGAUGAACUGGGUCUGAUUGGAAAAAAGUUUCAGUCAGGUGAAUUUUUUAAUUGUUGUUGUUGGUACCUUUUUCCAGCAAGUUUAGUGGUGUUUUCUUCUGCAGUGUUUGCUUUAGGAUCGUGAAUUAAUCAGCUGUUUUGUCUACUGUUGCAGGUUUCAAAGUACGAUUCUUCUCGGCCAAUCCAUCUGGUAGGAUUUCCGUCUCUUUUUGCUUGUUAAAGUUGGUGUUGUUCACAGGAGUUUAAGCAAGGUGUAAUUUGUUGUCCCAUACUUUCUGUGUGUCAGUGAUAUCCUCCAUGUUGAAGUAAAACUCUAAAUUAUGUAGUGGAUGUGGCUGACUGGCAGGAAACUUUGGAUGAAAAUGUGCACCUUACUUUUAUUCUUGUGAUUAUGGAUGUCAAAUUACAAUGCACAGUUCCCGUCGAGACAAUUUAAAUAUUAUUUGGUUGAUUGGUUGAACAGUUCAAAGUUUUAUUAUUGUAUAAAAUGUGAGAAGAUUGUUUACAAGCUUUAAAGAGGUGUCAGAUAAAAUUGAAAACCGUAGUGAAAAAAUCAGUUGACAGGCAUUGUAGUUUGAAGUCCCAGCUCUUUUAUAUUUUUCUUUUGUUUGAAACUGGCAUGCCUCUUGUGGAAAAAAUUUUUUUAACCUUUCAAGCUUUUGAUCAUCUAGACUUCACCAAUUUGUGACUAUUUUUGUACUAAAAGUUCACAAAAUUGAAAACACCAUUGUUGAAUUUGUGGUUAAUUUGGCCCUCAUUUUGAACUUUUUAAAACAGUGAUGUCUGUAUUGUACAAAUGUCCAUCUGUGUCUGGUCUCUGAGAGAUUACUCUGUUGAGGGUAUUAAGGUGGUUUUCUAGUCUGUUGGCUAUGGGAGGGCAAGCUUGGUUGGGUGGGAAAGUGGUGGGGUUGGAAUGAAAGGUGUGCAAUAAAUUGGCAAUAAAACAAAUGUCUUCCGGGUUUCAGGGGAUUAAAGUGUCGCCCUAUGGUGCUUUUGUUACACCCAUGUCUAAUCAACACCAUAAAACAUCAACAGAUGUGCUACCAGUUUUAUGUAAGUUCCAAAAUUGAAAUAACAAACUGAAAAUAUUCUGCUCCAUUGUUAUCCUGUGCUAUCAAAAUGAACUGAGCAGAAAGGUUGAAUAAGCAUUGUCUGUCUGUUGAUUGAAAAAAGAUACAGUUCUGGUAAAUGCAAAACGGCACAUUUUCUGGAUGUUCAAUGGUGGUUCUUAAUGAGCUUCAAGCUAAGCACUUCAGGGCGAUAUUUUUAUUCAGCUGAGUUACUCAUGAAGAUAUAUGUUUGUAACCAAAACAUAAGUUCUCAAAAGCUUUUUUGCAGAAAGAAAAUUCAGUUUGGACAGAGAAAUUCUUGUUGGCUCAUAUUAAGUUUCUUUUGGAACAUCUAGCUGUGAGGCACACCAGCACUGUAUAGUUGCUUUACAGAGACAAUCAUAUUGUCUUCCAGCUGUUAGUUCUCUGAAGAGAACUCUAUAGCUGUACUUGAAUGAUAAGUUUCAGGAGAGUUUCUGAGGAGAUCAUACACUGGAGGCAUGUUGGUUUGUAUUUGAAAAUAUGAUGCUUUGUAGAACCAAGAUCCAAAAUAUAUACUUGAAUAUAUUUUGCCACAAAUAGAUAUUAUUGUGUUGGUGGCAUGGUCGUUGGAUGGGAGGCACUGAGUUCUUUCUUGACAGUUUUUACUGGUUACAUUCUAAAGAAACAAAGUCAGAAGUAAGCAAGUGCUAGGUAAAUGAAUUUGAUGCAUCUUGGUUGUGCAAAGUUCCGUUGGGGAUUAUUUUAUAUGAUGUUUAGAUGCAUUGCGUUAUUGGGUAUUGGGUUUGAAGGUUUUAACAUGCUGAUUACAGUUGUUGCGCUUCCAGAGUUGACACUGUGUUGACCACAAUGGACAUUGCUCACAUAAUUGCUUUUUUACCAGUGGAAGCUGUAUUAUUACAGGUGCUCGACGGUGUCCUUUCUCUAAAAUCUGUUUUUUGAAAUUAAUAAAAGUAAUAAUUCUAAUUUGGUCUGCAUUUUAAUAGGCCAAAGUUAUUCCAUCACUAUCAAGAACUUCUUUACUUCUUGUGCUCCUUCUUAUUUUAAUCCUGAAAUAAGUUUCAAUCUUUUCAAUGUAAACAAAGAUAUUACUGUUAAAAUAAGAUAUAGAUUUCAUAUCUUUUGUAACCAUCUGAUGUAACUUUGUAAGAAUCAUACACCAGCUUUCAAGUAUUUUUGUGACAUUUUUCUCUUUUUGGCAUGAACCAAACUUAGGUUAGGGUUUUCUUACUGACAGAAAUGUAACUCCAUUCGAUGCACAAGUUUUAGUCAAAGCUAGCUCUUUUUCAUCAAAAUCUAGUUUUUGUUUACACCAGGAAAUGUUUACCAGGCUUCUCAAGUGCAGGCAAGAUUCUGAGGUUGCUGUUAUUCCAGACCUGUAAAGUUUUAUUUUUUUUACAUUCUUUUUAGUGAAUGUUCCUGCUUGUCCAAAAUGAUGCAGAUUACCAGAAACCAAUUUGCGAGUUUAUCAUAAGAAUAAGAAUGGUCGCGGGCAAUAAUAUUUGUAUGUUAUUGAAUUUCACUGAACUUUACCAACAACAGUAAACAUUCUUUUGAGAGGGAAUGAGUUAGGAAAAGCAGAAUGAAAAGUUCUCAUGUCUCACUGCAAUCAGCGUACAACUUCAGAGAAAAAAUAUCUCAAAUUGCAAAUUGAUUUGCACUAUUUGAUGAUUGACAGUGCUCCUUGAUGAACUGUACAGCAAUCCGUGUUAACAGCAAUCUCCUUAUUUUGCACUGUAAAGAAUUUUAUGCAGUUUCGCCACUUUGAUGUAAUAGGCAACUCAUUGCCAGGGCUGAAGACUAACACUUCAAUUUUAUAGCAAAUUUGAUUGUACUGAACAAGAUAAAUUUUUCACUAGCCAAACUAAAUUAAAUGAGUCCACUCAAUUGUGUUGCAAGUUGGUUAAAAUGGAAGAAAAUUGGCAUAACAUCACGUGCUUUUUGAAAAAGAAAAAAUUUCUUGUCCUUGUGAACAGAUUUUCAUCACUUUCAUUUUAUUUCUGUCAUGAAUAGUAGCAAGUGGUGGAGCAUAAACAAACAGACAUAUAAACCAAUUAUUGUAAAUUACAUGAUUCAACUUAUUUGUAUGGUUUUACACCAGUCCUUGUGCUUAGAAAUUUUCUCCUAAUUUAACAGCCAGCAGAGGUGUAAGAUUGACUUGCUGUCUUUCAAUACCAAGCUGCAAUUGGUCUUAAGUUCUUCUUUGUAACUUUAUACAUAGAAUUAUUGAACAAGAAUUUUCAACGUUACUUUAGCAAGAGCUUAAGUUUUGUUUUACUUGAGAAGUAUUGGUAAACAUUUUCUGUUUCGAAAGCAAUGUGUGAGCAAUUAUUAUUGUGGUAUCCUGUCGACAACAUACACUUCAUUACAGUGGAAGACAAUUUCGCAUGAAUUUUAUCUCCACAGUUGCACAGUGAGACAAGUUUUUUGUCUUUUUAGUUUUUAUUCGGUUUUCCUUGAUAUUGAAAUGGCAUUGUCUUUGGUGAGGUGUGCUAAAGGCCCUGAAUAAGGUGUCUUUAGGUAAAUGUGGUUUGAAAGAGUUGCUUGUCCUCAGUUACCCUCCCAAGUUUUUUUUUUUGGUAGAACUAUUUUGAAUGUUUUUUGAUUCGUGGAGUUGCAGUCAAUAUUAUUGCAUUCGAAAUAGCAAAAUGCAUCCUUGUGUCAAAUUAUUUCUCUUGUUAACUCGAUUUUACUCCUUACCAAAGACUAUGGCAGUUCUCAUUUAUUUUUAUUUUUGGAAGUGUGGAUCAUGAGGGCUUUAUUUGCAAUGGUGAUUUUUCUUGUCGGUCAGUUGCAUCCAAGCUCUCAUGAUUCAAGACUUUUUAGUUGCUUUUUUUGUUUUCUGUGAAUCAAUGCUUUGGAGAUCUAAAUUUUCUGUCAAAACUGUAUUCUAAAUCAUUGUUAAUUAAAUUGGAUUUACCUCCAUUGCUAGAUCACAAAAAAUACUUGGUUGCAAACUUUGUAGUGGGCAAAGAACCAACACAUUUUUGUGUAUGUGUGCAACACAUUUUAAUGGAUUCUAGAUGUUGUUUUUACUUGCGUGCAUCGCGUAGAAUAAGUGGAGUGUAAAGGGGCAGGGAGGGGUUUGGAGAAAGGAAAAAAAAAAUGCUAACACAAAAAAAGCUUUUUUAGCCCCUAUAUGUUUAUAUUUGGAGGAGAUUAGCUCAACUUAUGUUGGUUGUUUGUUGAGUACAAAGGUUGUUUCCACUUUGUGCAUGAAGGGUUAUUGAUGGGUUUGUUUCAUGUUUCAUUACUUUUACUCAGCCUUGAAGGGAAUGGCAGUUCAAAAUCUUAAGGUGUUUUGAUAAUCAAAAAAACCCUUUCCUCGGCAUGGAGGGAAAGUAAACCAUGGCUUUAAUGAUUAUCCCUUUUCUUUGUUUCCUUUCUUUGUAUGUCUUGCAGUCCGCGCAACAAAAUAUGUUUUUCAUUUCGAUUUGUCAUUUUAUGGUUUGAACUUCAGUGAAGAAAAUAGGACAAGUACAUGUUGCAGUGUUUGAUUUCUAUUUCACCAUUUUCUGUGUACUUUACUUUUCAAUUGACAAUUUUCAUUUUUUCUCAAAUCAUUUCCUUAUUCAAAUUUUAUAAUCCUUUUCUUAAAACAUUAAUCACCAUUUCACUGUAACUAUUUCAUUUAAUUUACUCUAAUUCUCUGCCAUCCCUCUUCUGGCUUGUUAGCCAGUUGACACAUCAAGCAGCCAGGUCAUUUGCAAAUGAAAGCGUCCCACCUGCUUCAAUACAUGUCUGCUUGAUGUAGUCCAACGUAAAACUCGGGGGGUGGGGAGGUCUGGGAAGGGAAGUGCUGACAGGGGUUUGUUGGCAUCUGCUUGUGUUUCAGAGCAUAAGAGAAUGUUUAGGACUUUUGUUCAAUGUGUCAUAACUUUUGCCUUACAGAAACUUGGGAGAGUUUUGCAGAGGUCGACAAGAGUAAGUCACAUCAGGUGAGGAACGGGUGUAGCACUACUUUUACAAUGUAAGGGGCUCAUUUCUCAAGUCUCGACUUUUUCAUCUCUUGAAGAACAAAGUAUGAUUUCAUCCUGUUAUAAGCCAUUUCUGAGUUUGGAACACCCUUGCUUUCCUAGUGAGGCCAAAUGCAAUACCUUGCUUGUGAAAAUGAGCUUUUUUGGAUAUGAAUAACAGUGUUCUCCAGAAAAUACUGAUACUGAUAUCAAAGACUCUGCAUUUAGCAUUGUUUUGAAAUGGAGGCUUGGAGCUGCUCAGAAUGACUUGUUGCUUGACUUCUAUUCUACCUUACGCACAUACCUAGCAAGGCUUUCUGGAUCAGAUAAAUUAUUAGAAAUCUAAAGAAAGAGUUCCUAGGGAAACUUACCAAAGUCCUAAGAGUGACCAACAUCAAUUGUCUUCUAACAAUAUCAUUACAUUAUCAAGGGAAAAGGUUAUGAGAAGGAAAUGCUGUGAACCUUUAUCAAAUUCUCUCAACUAAUUCGUUAACGAAAUAUAUGGGGAUCAGUCUGGAGAAUUUGUAUGUGGAUAAUGCAGCCUAAAGCAUUAUUAAGUAGCGAUAAUUUGUAAAGAAAUAAUUAAUUUAUUUUGGCCCGUGCGGUUUGGUAUGUACCUUGAAAGUCCUUGAAUUUUAAAACAAAGAAUGCAAGGCCUUGAAUGUCCUUGAAAAUUGUAGUUGGUACUGGAAAGUCCUUGAAUUUCAAUGCUAACUUAAUAGGUUAAGGAAAAAUGCAAAGGAAAAGGAGCAAACACAAAGACCUUUGGGAUAAAAUUCUCCUGAUGUGGAAGAACUACAAAACAGACAAAAUGUGUCCUUGAAAGUCCUUGAAAAGUACUUGAAUUUUUUGUUCAAAACUGGGUACUAACCCUUCAUGUUUAUGGUUAGGCCGUAAUUAUGAUAGACCAGUACAACUUAAGAUUGUCAAGUGGUCAGAGUGAUUCUAAGAGCUGUCCGAAUUUGACUUAGCCUGUGUCAGCUCAGUGGCAGAGAUAAAAAGUCAGUCAAGAAUGGUGAGGACAAAUUGCAGUGAUCUUGAAGACAAAAUGUUAAUUUUCUUUGUUUGUUACCCACAGGGUGCUGCCGUAGUGCUCACUCCUGCAUAUUGUGACACUCAGAUAACCUCUCCCGUCACUGUUAAUGUGGUGGUAAUGUUUGGAAACGGCAGAGAUGCAAAAUCCAGUGAUCCUAUUGAGUUCACUUACAAACCUAAACCAAACGUACAGGUUCAGGAAGUUGAAAUGCAUCCUAGUCUGCCUGUUGCCACUGAUAAUUUCUUGCAAGUGGAUUUUAUCAAUCCUAUUGGAGAUGUUGUGAUGAACAACAUACCCCAUGAACUACUGCAACCACCCACACCAGCUCCGGAACCCCCCCAACCAGCGACAGUUGUAUUGCCUGUGCUGAAUGAUGAACAAGGUAACAAGUGACCGCAGUAUUAUUAUUAGGCUGUUUGUUUUUUUGCCUAGGGCCCAGUUGUUUGUAGGCCAAUUAGUGGCAAAUUUUAAUCAGGUUUUCUCUUUCUUUUGUUCAAAAACGUUUUUUGCGGAAUUUUUUCUACACAGGGAUCCAUAUUCCCAGUCGUCCGGUCGUCCCAACAAAGCAUGUUCUGCUUUUAUAUAAUUUUCUGAAUUCAAAUUUCAAACUGUCCCGGGGUUAUCUUGACCCAGCUUUGAACAACCCGGCACAGGGUGCAACUGAAAGCAAAAAAAUAAUAAUAAAAUAGUAAUACAGUACGGAUAAGCCGGAAAGUCAGCGUUGAAACCACCUGGUUUUCUCAACAGACCACAGCUGUGAACUAGUUACAUUCAAGACAUUAAUCCAUUGGUGUUCUCAAGUUCUAUUUUGCCAUAGAAACCCCUGCCCUCUUCUCCCACCUGAUUAAUUUUGAUUCAAACCAAACCAGACUUGAAUUUUAUGAAGGAAGUAAAGGCAUCGGUUUGCUUGAUGAGGUGCUCAUUGUUGCGGUUGUCAAUUUGUCUGUAGAUUGGCAGUCGAUGUGUCUUGUUCUUGGGGAACUGCAUAAGCAAGGACAACUUUCCACGGAACAUGUUAAGGUACUCGACACUUAAUUAUGACCACCAACUUGCUAAAAAGGUUAUGGUCGGUUUAACCAUGCUAGGCUGUAGUCAACUUGCAAAAAGACGAUCACUUUUUUCUUAGUCCUGAACUGUCUUUUACAGUAUACCAUAUGUUACGGUAUGUACAGUCAAACCCUGUUAAUACAGACACUGUGAAGGGUCUAUAGAAAGUGUCUUUAUUAUAUAAACACCAAUGAAAUACCAAGUGAGCUUUCAUGCGAAAACUUGAUAUCUUCACAUGAAAGGAAAGAUCUGUUAUAGCAAAGAGUUAAAGUGAAGUGUCGGCUUUAGCGAGAUUGACUUUCUUGGAGAGUCUGUUGAUUGGGAAGAAACGAGUGUCUGUUGUCUGCAUUGAAGGGUGUCCGUAUACCGUAUAAUAUUGAGUGAGUUGAAUUUGGAAAUAAUAUAAGACAUUAGUGCUUUGCCUCAAUGAGUGUCCACUGACUCCAAGGGUAUAUAUAAGUGUCACUUGAACAGGAGGCUUGUUCCCCCUCCCCUUGCUUGAAAAUGCACUGAUGUCACAAUAGAGACUUUUCUCUUGUACAGGACCUCUUUCUUCUCCACUAAGUCAUUCCCAUCAAACCUAUCGCUAUCAUUUUUAUAAUCUGUUAGUUUGUUUUUCAAGCAACUCCUCCCUCUAUUGAUUAAGUUCCCUCUGAAUAAGCUUCCCUUUCCUUUUUUGGCUCCAAUUUUGUGGUUUGUUUGAACAAGUACGUUAUUUGUAUUUUUCUUUAAAAUACAAACUGGUUAAUUUCAGGAGUUAUGUGACUACGUGAAGAGAAGGGACACUCUACUUCUUCAAGCAUUUCGUACUGCAAGAACAGCAAGUACUAUAGAACAACUACAGGCGAACUUCAAACAGUAUCUGUCUGGGAUGCUUUGUAAUUUGUAGAUUGUAUUGUCCAUGUAAAUUAUAUUAUGUUAAUAAGCAAUAGUUUAUACGUAUACAUUAAUUUUAUUACAACCAAAAUUAAAUUUAUUUCUUUGAUAUAAAAAGCUCAGGAGAAAAAAAAACAUGAAAAAAAAAAAUGCAAAUCUGUUAUCCCUGUCAUGCUGGUUGUUAGAUUUGUAGGUGAUAAUGAAUAUGACAAAGAGGUGUGCUUCUGUUGUAUUUGUUACCAUGUGCAUGUUAGAUACAACCUUGAUUGGGAGGUAUUCACAAAUAUUGAAAAAUAGUUUGUAACUGACAAUAUAUUAUUGUAUUGUACAUAACAGGUGAUCGGCUUUGUUAAGUUUGUCCACCUGGUGUUAUACCCUAUCCUUAAAAAAACUGGAUUUCCUUUUUCACAAGCUGAAAGGUGACUUCCAUCUUGUGGCCCAGACAUUAAGGCAACAUUGCAUUUGCAUGUAACAAAUUAGCACGGCCCUCAUCUAUCCCUCCAGAUCCAGGUGCCUUGUCAUUCUUGUAACAUUGUUGUAUGCUUUGUGGCUUGUAACAAUUUCAAGGGUGAAAAUCCACUUUUCCUAGUCCUGAGCAGAAUGCUAUAUUUAUCUGAUUUCAUAGUUACACUGCUCACCGUCACGCUUGUUACUUUCUGUUAUAAUCUUUCUCUUAAAUAGUUUUUGUUUAAUAAUUAUUAUUUUUUACACACUAUUGAUUGUACAAGAGAGUUGUAAUCCUUGAUUUUGAAAUUGCUAACAUUAACACGACUGAUGUUAAUCACCAACAUCCCUUUAAAAAUUGUAGUAACAAACUUGACACGUCAAGCUCUAUCUUUUUCGUCCUGGGUUUUGGUGUCUUUGCGGUUCCUUCGCGUAUCUGGUGAUUUCAAAAUCAAUGUGGCUCUUCCACACCUUUGGCUUGCCAACUAACUUACUUUCUUUUCAGGAAACUAUUAAUUAAAAUACGCUAUGAUUACUUGAUGUUGUAAUACCUUGUGUUAUUUGUCCUUGUACUAUGCAAGUUUGCAGUCUUGCCAUAAGUGGAUAGGUUUGAUUAGUGUUAUAUAAACAAACCAAAAAAAAAAAGAAAAUAAAAAAAAAAAUGGAGGGCACCUCGUCAUUAUGAUUCCGUUGUCGUGUUUGCUUGAUCACGUAACAGUGUUUUAAGUAAGUUCGGCAUGUUCAGCCUGACGCGGAGACGGUUUUGAGGUCGUAAGCCAUCAUCUGCACUCUGUGUACAUUCAACUUCCUCUGCCGAGACGCCUUUUCUAGCGGGACAGUUAACGGAACUGGCCAAGACUGUCUGCGCCAGAGGGAGGGGAGGUUUGGUUUGAAUCAGGCUGAAUGGAAUCGUGUAAUAUGUAGAUCAUUAUACACGGUCUGAAGAAGUUAUAUAGAUUGCAUGUUUUAUGUGCAUUGUUUUCUACGGAGAUGAACUAUUGUAAGUAAGAUAUAGUGUCAUUAUUGUCUUGAUGUAAGACUUUUUUUAAGUUAAAU